UUCCACGUGUUGCUUGUUGUAGGCGCCACAGGUUCCCCACCUGCGUCCAGGCGCUCGGGCCGCUCUGCCUCUGCCGGCGGGCUCUGGGGAACCGCUGGGUCGGCGCGCCCGGGGCUGGCGGAACAAUUCCUGAGGCGCUCAAGCUCACCCCCAACGCUAACUCCGCCUAUUCAAUCCCGGCGGCUCCCCCUCUCCCCCCUCCCAAUCCUCCUCCCGGCUCCUGCCCGCCCCUUUCGCCCUGGUGGUAGGAAACACUCCUGAAUCUAACUCGACGUGUCCGGAAAGCCCUGGCCAGUUUUCCUUUCGUUCUGCGGCCGCUGCAGCCAGCCCCGCGGCUCCCUCAGACCUGCGGGCGCAGCCGCCGGGGGUGAGGCGCUUGGGGACCGCGGGCCGAGCGGUGGGGAUCCCCGAGCACCAUGCUGGACCCGUCUUCCAGCGAAGAGGAGUCGGACGAGGGGCUGGAAGAGGAGAGCCGAGAUGUGCUGGUGGCAGCCGGCGGCUCGCAGCGAGCUCCGCCGGCCCCGACUCGGGAAGGGCGGCGGGACGCGCCGGGGCGCGCGGGCGGCGGCGGCGGCGCGGCCAGAUCCGUGAGCCCGAGCCCCUCUGUGCUCAGCGAGGGACGAGACGAGCCCGAGCGGCAGCUGGACGAUGAGCAGGAGCGGAGGAUCCGCUUGCAGCUCUACGUCUUCGUCGUGAGGUGCAUUGCGUACCCCUUCAACGCCAAGCAGCCCACCGACAUGGCCCGGAGGCAGCAGAAGCUUAACAAACAACAGUUGCAGUUACUGAAAGAACGGUUCCAAGCCUUCCUCAAUGGGGAAACCCAAAUUGUAGCUGAUGAAGCAUUUUGCAACGCAGUUCGGAGUUAUUAUGAGGUUUUUCUAAAGAGUGACCGAGUGGCCAGAAUGGUUCAGAGUGGAGGGUGUUCUGCUAAUGACUUCAGAGAAGUAUUUAAGAAAAACAUAGAAAAACGUGUGCGGAGUUUGCCAGAAAUAGAUGGCUUGAGCAAAGAGACGGUAUUGAGCUCAUGGAUAGCCAAAUAUGAUGCCAUUUACAGAGGUGAAGAGGACUUGUGCAAACAGCCAAAUAGAAUGGCCCUAAGUGCAGUGUCUGAACUUAUUCUGAGCAAGGAACAACUCUAUGAAAUGUUUCAGCAGAUUCUGGGUAUUAAAAAACUAGAACACCAGCUCCUUUAUAAUGCAUGUCAGCUGGAUAAUGCAGAUGAACAAGCAGCCCAGAUCAGAAGGGAACUUGAUGGCCGGCUGCAAUUGGCAGAUAAAAUGGCAAAGGAAAGAAAAUUCCCCAAAUUUAUAGAAAAAGAUAUGGAGAAUAUGUAUAUAGAAGAGUUGCGAUCUUCAGUGAAUUUGCUAAUGGCCAAUCUGGAAAGUCUCCCAGUUUCGAAAGGUGGUCCAGAAUUUAAAUUACAAAAAUUAAAACGUUCACAGAACUCUGCAUUUUUGGACAUAGGAGAUGAGAAUGAGAUUCAGCUGUCAAAGUCCGACGUGGUACUGUCAUUCACCUUAGAGAUUGUCAUAAUGGAAGUGCAAGGCCUGAAGUCAGUUGCUCCCAAUCGAAUUGUUUACUGUACAAUGGAAGUGGAAGGAGAAAAACUGCAGACAGACCAGGCUGAAGCCUCUAGGCCACAAUGGGGGACUCAAGGAGAUUUCACUACCACCCAUCCUCGGCCUGUGGUCAAAGUGAAACUCUUCACAGAAAGCACUGGAGUUCUGGCCCUGGAAGAUAAAGAACUGGGAAGGGUGAUAUUAUACCCAACUUCUAAUAGCUCCAAAUCAGCUGAAUUACACCAAAUGGUAGUUCCAAAAAAUAGCCAGGAUUCUGACUUAAAAAUCAAACUGGCAGUGCGAAUGGAUAAACCAGCACAUAUGAAGCAUAGUGGAUAUCUGUAUGCCCUUGGACAGAAGGUUUGGAAAAGAUGGAAAAAACGCUACUUUGUUCUAGUUCAGCAGGUUAGCCAAUAUACCUUUGCUAUGUGCAGUUAUAGAGAAAAAAAGUCUGAACCACAAGAAUUAAUGCAGCUUGAAGGCUAUACUGUGGAUUAUACCGAUCCCCACCCAGGCCUUCAGGGUGGUCGUAUGUUCUUUAAUGCUGUUAAAGAAGGAGAUACUGUAAUCUUUGCCAGUGAUGAUGAACAGGACAGAAUAUUAUGGGUUCAAGCCAUGUAUAGGGCCACAGGUCAAUCAUAUAAACCAGUUCCUACAAUUCAAACCCAGAAACUGAAUCCUAAAGGAGGAACUCUCCAUGCAGAUGCUCAGCUUUCUGGUAAAGAUGCAGAUCGUUUUCAGAAACAUGGCAUGGAUGAGUUUAUUUCUGCAAACCCCUGCAAGCUUGAUCAUGCCUUCCUUUUUAGAAUACUCCAGAGGCAGACUUUGGAUCACAGACUGAAUGAUUCCUAUUCUUGCUUGGGAUGGUUUAGCCCUGGCCAAGUCUUUGUGUUAGAUGAGUACUGUGCCCGUUAUGGUGUGAGAGGCUGUCACAGACAUCUCUGCUACCUUGCAGAACUGAUGGAACAUUCAGAAAAUGGUGCUGUCAUUGACCCUACCCUGCUCCAUUACAGCUUUGCAUUCUGUGCCUCUCAUGUGCACGGCAACAGGCCUGAUGGAAUUGGGACUGUUUCAGUGGAAGAAAAAGAAAGAUUUGGGGAGAUAAAAGAGAGACUCUCUUCCCUUUUAGAAAAUCAGAUAAGCCAUUUCAGAUACUGUUUUCCCUUUGGACGACCUGAAGGUGCUCUAAAAGCUACACUUUCAUUACUUGAAAGGGUUUUAAUGAAAGAUAUUGCCACUCCCAUACCAGCAGAAGAGGUGAAGAAAGUGGUCAGAAAAUGUCUCGAGAAAGCUGCCUUGAUCAAUUACACUAGACUCACAGAAUAUGCCAAAAUAGAAGGCCCAGCAGAAAAGGAAACAGAGACCAUGAACCAGGCGUCUCCUGCUAGAAAGCUGGAAGAGAUUCUUCAUCUGGCAGAGCUCUGCAUAGAAGUCUUACAGCAGAAUGAAGAGCAUCACGCAGAGGGAAGAGAGGCAUUUGCCUGGUGGCCUGAUUUAUUGGCUGAACAUGCAGAGAAAUUUUGGGCUUUAUUUACAGUGGAUAUGGACACUGCACUAGAGGCUCAACCACAAGACUCCUGGGAUAGUUUUCCUCUUUUCCAACUGCUUAAUAAUUUCCUCCGAAAUGACACACUUUUGUGUAAUGGAAAAUUUCACAAACACUUGCAAGAAAUCUUUGUACCCUUGGUUGUCCGCUAUGUGGAUCUCAUGGAGUCCUCCAUCGCCCAGUCAAUUCACAGAGGUUUUGAGCAGGAGACAUGGCAGCCUGUCAAGAAUAUCGCCAACAGUCUUCCCAAUGUAGCUCUUCCAAAAGUUCCAAGUCUGCCUCUUAAUCUUCCACAGAUUCCUAACAUUUCUACUCCUUCGUGGAUGCCUUCUUUAUAUGAGUCCACCAAUGGCUCAGCAACAUCAGAAGACCUUUUUUGGAAGCUUGAUGCACUACAAAUGUUUGUCUUUGAUCUGCACUGGCCAGAACAGGAAUUUGCCCACCACUUAGAGCAAAGACUUAAACUAAUGGCCAGUGAUAUGCUAGAGGCCUGUGUCAAAAGAACAAGAACUGCAUUUGAACUCAAGCUACAAAAGGCAAGCAAAACAACUGACUUGCGCAUUCCAGCUUCCGUUUGCACUAUGUUUAAUGUGUUAGUCGACGCCAAAAAGCAAAGCACCAAACUCUGUGCCCUGGAUGGAGGACAAGAGGCCUAGGAUGUGACCAUCAUCAGACGUAAGGAAGAGGCAGGCCUGUGUCAUGAGACUUCUGCCCUCCUCCACAACAGGUCGUCCUAAAAUACUACCCCAGAAUCCCUGAGGUACAAGGUUAGAAAACCUUUAUGCAUAAAGGAUUGACUAGUGUAUACUUUUUUUUUUCGUGAGUCAGAAUGUCUUUGUGUCCUAUAGGUAAGUUACAUCUUACAAGUCUUACAGUUGACAAUUGGGAAUCAAACUCAGGGUGACUCUUCCUGAGCUGACAAUUCUCAUCUGAGCAGAAGGGCUUAGUUAACUGUGAAAAUAGGUGGGAAGGCCUACUACUUGUGAAUUCUAUACCUAUUGCCCCAGAUAUAGACAUUAGCUAUUUGGCCAUAAUUUAUAUUUAUGCAUGAAUAUGCAAUUUUAUUCUUUGAGCAAUUCAGCAGAAAAAAAUGUAUUUAUAUUACCAUAGCAUACAACCUUACAAAUAUAUCAAGUAACUGAUAUGUGUUAUAGAAUGUUCAGUAAUUACCAUUCUCUGAUCACUUACAACAUGAUUUAUUAUAUCUAAUUAUCUGAAUAAGUAGGCAGCUAGCUUAGAUACCAAUGGGUCCUAUUUACCUCCUCAUGUUUUUUUAAUACCCAGAUGUAAGCCUUUGAUUGUCUGCCUGAGAAUAUUAUCUUAAGUUUCCUCAUAAACCCAUUCUUUUCUCAUCUGGUUUGUGGAAUCAUCUUCCAUUAAUACUGGGUUUAUCCAUUUAUUCUUAUUUUAACAUACACUGCAGUACCUGGCAUGCAGUAGGCACUUUAGUAAAUGUUUGCUCAGUGGAUGAACAGAUUUGUUGUCACUGUUUUAAAAAUCCUCCCCUGUAAGAAACAACUUGCUGUAGUACUUAAAAGGAAAAACAGGGACACACAAAUGAUGAACAUUGUUACAUUGUCAAAUGAUUCUUUACAUUAAUAGGUUAGUGGUUUUGAAGAGUAAUCUACUACUGUUCAUUGUGUGUGCACCUGUACAUUCACACCAGAGACAAUUAGUUCCCCACAACUUUCACACAAUUAACAUAGUUCAAAAUGUGCAGGUGUAAAACCCAUUAGCAACCCUGAAAAAGUGGUAAACAAGAAUUUCAUUGCAAAACAAUUUUCUACUUUGCUUUUUGUCUCCAGUAAACAUACCCACAUAAUUGCAUAGGCCUUCCCUCUCUAUAUAUGCUGAGAUAAGUUUUGUAAUUGUUGAAAAUUAGUAUAUACAUUACAUAUACAGGUGAGCCAGUGGACCUCAUUUAUAAAAAGCAACAAAGUUGUUGAAAAAAACUAGAUCAUUAGACAAUUUGGAACCAUGUAAAAAUAUAUACUACAUAGUUAAACAUAGCAACAAUGUUUUUUCUAAAUUAUAAAGAAGUUACCUCUCCAAAAUCUCUAGUAAAUGUGUUAUAUUGUCAUCGCUGGGAUAAAACUUGCCCAACUCCUUCCCCACAAUGCAUUCCCUUCUGUGCUUCUAAAUUAUGAUCCUGUUUUUCUUACAUGCUACGUGAUGAUGCAAACAUGUUCCACUGAGGCCCAGAAUAGGGUUUAGUGGAGUGAUUAGUGGGUGAAUGAUCUGCUCAUGUGACAGCUGUGUGAAAUGAGUCAGCAGUCUCAGGCCAGUCCCUCAGGGACAGAUGUCGAGAUCACAAAGCCACCUCAGUGUUUAGAAUCUUCAUUAUCCAUAACUGCACAAAAGCAGAUGACUACCUGGGCUGUAGGCAUUCAUCAGCCCUGACGACCACUUCAUUCCAUGGUCCCAUUAGUUGAGGAUGAAGGUGAAAACACAUUAAUAUGGCAAUUCAGGGGAGCAAGGGGCCCUACUUGGGCCAAAUUUGUUCUCAGUUAAAUUAAAAUGCAUCCAUUUCUGGAACUAACAAUCCAGUACCUUUAAAAUAUUAUAUACCCCAAGACAAGGUCCAAAAUCUUUUAAGAAAGCUGGAAUUCACUGGCAUCUGAUUAGUCUUCAUUUCAUGAGUGUGUUUGUGUAACAGCAGUCAGGAGAAGUGGUGCUGUUCACCUGACUGUAGAGAGGCCAGGAUUUCGGACUGUGUCUGACCUAUGAUUUCCCUGGGCUUCGUGAAGUAAGGAUUCCUGAAUGGUUAUUUUAAUGUAAGUUCAGAAUCACCUGCUGGGAAAGCAGGCACAGUUUGCCUUUGAGGGCAGAUGUGGGGAAACUUAGUUUAAGAAUGAAUUGAAAUCUAACAAAGCCCUAGAAUCUAAGAUUAUCAAUCCAACUUGAAGUAUUCAAAGAAUUUUAUUUUCUUCUUUUAAAUUUCAACUUUUAUUGUAGAUAUGGGGGUACAUGUGUAGUUUUAUUACAUGUGGGUAUUGAGCAUAGUACUCAAUAGAUCAUUUUUCCAUCCACAUCUUCCUCCCCCCACCUCUAGUAGUCCACAGUGUCUGUUGUUCCCAUGUUU